CAUCAAGCAGCGGACAGUUGCCAGUCAGCCUUCAACUGUUCUUUUGGCUAUGUGAUUUUUUCCGUGUCCAUCGAGUGUGCUAUAGCUAUAACGAAGAAGUCGAAGAACGAAAUUUUGAUAUCGCGCCUAGCAGAUGACUUCUGUGCUGAUUAACGUACUCUUAGUGAUUGUGGCAAUUAGACUAACAGACUUUUUGUGAAAACUGUUCAGUUUUAUUCAUUCAUAGAGACUAUUAUCAGGACAAUUGAUUGAAAAUAGUUCGCCAUUGAAAUAAUGUCUAAAACAUUGGUACCGCCGUUACAGCCGAAGACCAAACCGCAUCUUUUGCAAGAAUCCGCAUCCGCAACGGUACUACCGAACGGUACCACCGCGGCCGUCUCUCUUGUAGACGUGUUCAGUACCAGUACCCACAAGGAAUCAAACAAUCACGUAGUUAAAAUUCUCAUCAGCCCCCAAAACGACAAUUCCUCCAAAACCUUCGUUAAUUAUAAUCAUGAGGGUAGUACCGAGGGUGGUACCGAGGUGAUCAGUGACACGGCACCGUGCAUCAGGAUUAACUUGGGUGAUGUUCAAAAAAGUGACAUGUCGAGGAGUUACUUCUAUUAUCGCGAGUACAAUUAUGGGGCCAUGUCCAGUGGGCAGAUAUCCCCCAGUGAAACCAUGGAUUCUGGUACUUGCAGCGAUCUAGACGGUACUUCGCCCCCUGUCGCGAUGAAAAGUAAAAACGGCGUGUCUGUGACUCUGAUAGGAUCCCACAACAGAGCCCCUAGCUCGAGCAGCGGAGCCGAAGUCGACAGCGACGACAACGAAAGCAGCGUGAGCUGCGAUUCCUUAAACUGCGGCAAAAUCUCACCCAUCAACAUACCUCCAUCUACCAAAUCCACACUGCUUCCACCUUCUCUCCUCGAGGACAUUCGCCAAAGGCUCCCAAAGACACCCACACUCGAGGAAAAUCCUUACGAGAACAUCCCACCUUCUCUUCUUGAGGACAUCCGCCAAAGGCUCCCAAAGACGCCGACAGUUGAGGAAAACCCUUACGAGAACAUCGACAGUAAAAACGAAGAACUGGACAGUAUUAUCAGCACAGAUAUGUUUUACAAGUUCCAUAUUAACGAAAAUGUGAAUAGUUUAGUGCCUAAAAUUGACAAUGUGAUAGAAAACGAAACGUUUGCUGGGUAUAAAGACAUUCUGGAUGACGGCUGCACGACAAUUAAGAGUGCCAAAGGGACAGUGCGUGGGGUUAAGAAUCGGGUUAGGGCUGGGAUCGCUACGUUUUUACAAAUUAAUUCUACUGGAAAAAACUACAAAGAAAAAGAAUUAGGCAAAGUGGUGGUAUACACAACAACGAUGGGUAUUCUCAGAGAAACCUACCAAGCCUGCAUGAAAGUCAAACAAAUCUUGAGGCUACUUUUGGUUAAAUUUGAGGAAAGGGACGUAUUUAUGAGCUCCGAGUAUCAGGCUGAAAUCCAAGAGAGGAUGAGGUGUGAUCAGAUCCUGGUCCCACAGGUGUUUGUUGACGGAGUUCAUAUGGGGGAUGCUGAAACGAUUGAAAGGCUCAAUGAGACUGGGGAGUUACGACGAAUACUAAAACCAUACAAAAGCUUCGACGUAUGCACCACUUGUAAAGUUUGUGGCGGCUAUAGACUAUUACCUUGUCAGAUAUGCAAAGGUAGCAAAAAAUCCGUCCAUAGGAAUCAUUUUACAGCAGAAUUUGUAGCGCUUAAAUGUAUGAACUGCGACGAGGUGGGGUUAGUCAAGUGUAGGUCAUGUUCAUAAUAAAAAAAAUUUCUAGUGUUUUUAAUAUUCGGAGCUCAAUUUAUUUUUGUACAGUACUUUAGUGGUAGAAAUAAAAUAAUUGCAUUUU